AUGGAUGUAGCAUCGGAUCGGGAAGUGAAUUAUGGAUUAUGCAGAUUGGGUUCCAGCAAGCAAGCUGAUUCAUCAAUUGCAGCGAAAGAUUUUCGUAUCAAAAGGAUUGAGGUGUUUAACUUUGGUAACUGUGAUGAUAUUGGCGAGGUACGGUUUUUCCGGCGUUGCCGUUUCUUCUUGAGGCUGAUUCUGCGUAUGUUUUCAAAAGAAGCAGCAAGAUUACGGAUAAUGUGUCUCCAUGUUUUCCAAUUCGAGACCAGAAUGAACGAACCACCGCUGGUGAUCAAUGUGACCAAGCCUGAAGUAUUGUUUCAGGGAGUUCUUGCAUCACCUCUUUAG